CGCGGGGUCGCCUCAGGGCGGCUCCGUGAGGGGAGCCGGGGGCGGCGGUGACCGGAGCGAGCCCGCCCACCGGGGCUCGGCCGGUUCUGCCCCUGGAGGGAUGCGAGGGACGCCGGUGCCCGGGACGCCAAUCCCGCUGUUUGCCCAGGGCUCCUGUCUCCUCAGCCCCUCUCUGCCACCGGGCGCUCCCCGCCGUCGGCCCCGUCGGCGGGGGCCGGGCGCGGUGCGGCCCCGGGGCGGAGCGCGGGCGGUGUCCGCAGCCCCGGAGCGGUGCGGCGGGGCGGCGGUACCCAUGGCCCUGCCGGCGGAGGCGGACCGGCUGGAUGGGGGCUGGCAGGAGGUCUACUCUGCGCUCCAGUGGAUCCAGUUCACCAUGGCCAUGCUCAGCGUUGUAGGUUCCAGCUCAAUUAUUGCCUACGCUGUCUUCCAAAACGCGGUGCGGUCCCCCGAGGUGCGUCCACUUUUCUACCUGAGCCUCUCAGAUCUGCUCCUGGGCAUGUGCUGGCUGGCUGGGGCCCUGCUUUACAGCUCACCCACCUCCCAGCAAGACCUCAUCUGCUACAACCUGCAAGCCACGGGACAGAUUUUCUAUGUGGCCUCUUUUCUCUACACUGUCAACUACACCUGGCACCUGUACAUGGACCUCAAGGUGAAAUACAACCAGAACCUCUUCAGGGUGCCCCCCCAGGUUGUAGAUUAUGCAAGUUGUGUCGGUCGAAUAGCAACGAUCUUGUCAAGCCUGAUCCCUUUCCUCCUCAUGGUGCCGGUGUUUUGCCUGGGUAACAGCAGUAAUUGCUACCAGAACUUCAGCCAGAAGCACGGGUGUCUCCUGAUGCACACGGAGGUGGCCGAGCCCCCCAGCCAGCCGCAGGGCCUGAGUGGCUCCGUUUGCCGCGCGAUGCAUUUCUACGGCAUCGGCAUCUUCCUCGUCUCCUUCCUCAUCAGCUUCGUGGCCAUCCUGGUUAUCCUGAGUCGGGCCCGAGGCCUGUACAAGAGAUUUGUGAACUCCACAGGGUUCCUGGGGGAUCAGCAGUGGGCCAUGAUUAAGAUGGUGGAACAACGGGUGGUUUUUUACCCCAUUGCCUUCUUCUGCUGCUGGGCCCCAGCUGUCCUCCUUGGAAUGCUGAAAUUGACUGCUUCAACAACCAGCAAAAUCUACAUGGCUCUGCUGAUCCUGCAGGCUCUCACCGCAGCUUCCCAGGGGCUCCUGAACUGCCUGGUGUACGGCUGGACCCAGCACGUGUUCCUGUCCCUGAAGCGCGGCUCCCGCCGGGACGUGGACACGCAGACCCCGCUCCUGCGCUCCCAGAAGAAAUUCUACUCCAGCACGGCCCCCGCCGGCCCGCCCGACACCGCGGGCUCCUCCUCCACCCUGCUCUGAUGGAGAGGCGGAGUCCUUCCAACUCCUUGUUCCAAUCCUCGUUCUCCAGAGCCGGGAGGGAACUGUCCCCGCGGGGCUGGCAGAGCCAGGCGCUCAGUGGACAUAGUUAUUUAUUUAAUGGAUUCUUGCAGCGUGGUAAAUCUUUAGUCCAGACUUUCUCCUCCUGGAAAUAUCCCUAGAAGUGCAGCAAACCCCAUGUAAAGGCUCAAAGACCUGGUCCAGCUCCAUGGAGGUUGAGCAGAGGAUGUUUUACUUUGUUUUGUUUCUCCAAGUCAUUGCCUUUACAAAUUAACAAAAAGCAAAAUGAGCAUUUUUCAAUCUCUGCCUUUUAAUUCACUCUAACCAUGAGAAUUUGCACCACCCUAAGAACCAAUUGCAGGGAGUGAAGAAUUGCAAAGGACAAAACCUGCCUGGAAUUUCUGCACAUUUCCAUUCCUUCUUCCUGCCAACUCCUGCCCAGCCACAAUACUCCCAAAAAUCAGCUGCUUCGACCCUGUGGAGCAUCUCUCAUGAACCAGGUGAGCAGGACUUUGUCUGAAUCUCUCGUUGCAUUUCCAGACAUUGACAUGAAUUAUUUACUGAGGUUCCACCAUUCUAUAGGAAAUAAACCAGGUCUUAAGCUGUGUUGAAAACAA